AAGACAAUAAAGAGGAAUAUAAUGCAAAUAAUCCGACACGAAGAGGGGCUUUCACAUGCGACGGAGAAAGUAGUGACACAUGUCACCACCUCAGGAAGAGGGCAUGGGAAAGCACUGAACUGCGCCAGCACUUAUUUUUGUGAUCAACUUUGGAUUUCAGUCGGUGUUCACUAUGUCAAGCAGACACAUCUGAGAGAUUCCUCACACCUGGACAGGACAAGUCUUAACAACAACAUGGAUACAUCCAACUUUGCCCAUGUCAUCUUCCAGAAUGUGGGGAAGAGUUACCUGCCUCACGCUGCCCUGGAGUGUCACUACACCCUCACUCAGUUCAUUAUUCCCCACUCAAAAGAUUGGGUUGGCAUUUUCAAGGUUGGUUGGAGCACAGCGAGGGACUAUUACACAUUCUUGUGGUCGCCGCUCCCUGUGAACUAUGCGGAGGGCACCACAGUCAACAGAACCGUGGUGUUCCAGGGAUACUACGUGCCCAACGAUGAUGGAGAGUUCUACCAGUUCUGCUAUGUGACCCACAAAGGAGAGAUCCGGGGCGCGAGCACACCUUUCCUGUUUCGCGCAGACAGCCCCACCGAGGACGAUCUUCUGACGGUGGAGGAUGAAGGCAACUCUGACAUUCUGGUGGUUACCACCAAGGCAGGCCUUCUGGAGCAAAAAAUAGAGGAAGCCCAGAAAGAGAAAGAAGAGCUGAUGAAGAGCAUGGCUCUACAAAAGGAGGUGAAGGACAAGCUGGAAUCAGAGAAGGAGGCGCUGUUAAGUGAGAUAGAGCUCCAAAAGGAGAAAUGUGCCGAGCUCGAGAAACAACUCCAGGAGGCGCAGAAUUCAGCACUGGUCCAACGAGAGGAGAAAGAGGAGUUGAAGCGGAGGAUGGAGGAGGCCAACGCUCGCAUGAAGCAGCUAGCAGAAGACCUCAACUGUGUCGCGCACAGGGGUCUGCAGAAGGAAACUGAGCUGGACGGCUUGAAAGACAAAGUGAAGAAACUGACCGUUGAUAGGGAGACGCUGGAGUCUCAACUGAAGAAUGAGAAAGACGAGAAAGAGCUUUACAAGAUUCACCUGAAGAACCGAGAGUUGGAGAACACCAAACUGAGCGCAGAGCUGCAGAUGUUGAAGUCUGUGGAUGUAAACAAGGAGAACACCAUUGCUCAGUUCAAGGAGGAAGUGGGACGUCUGCAGGUCUGCCUUGCAGAGAGGGACAAGGAGUACAGAGAGAUCCUGGCCAAAGUGGCUCCCUUGGGGGAGAUGAAGGCCCUGAAGGAGCAGCUGCGACAAAAGGAAGAGCAGCUCCAGGCGAACCAGCAGCAGUUGUCCCUCCUGGCUGCAGAGCUGAGGGACUCCUCCACUGCGCGCGACCACACCAUGUCUGAUCUUUACCACAUGAAGCUGAAAGCCGAGGCGCUGCGAGAGGCCAAAGAGGAAGCUGAAGCUCAGUGUGCCCGCCUGGAGCAGCUGGUGGAGCAGCUGAAGGCAGAGGCCAAACAGGAAACUGCCAAAGCCGAGGAGGAAGCAGCUCCGGACCCGGUGGUGGUGGCAGAGAUGCAGAGAGAAGUGGAAGACCUGAAGCUGCGUCUGCACAUGGCCGCUGAGCACUACAAGGAGAAGUACAAGGAAUGCCAGCGUCUGCAAAAGCAUAUCAUUAAACUCUCGGAGCAGCACGGGGAGCAGAAGAGGAGCUCUGCACAUGAGCUCACCACUGUGAGUCCAGAACCAUCCGUGCCAGGCAGCCCAGGUUCUGCCGACCCCACGCUGGACGCCAUCAUCCAGGAGAAGCUCAAAGGAAUCAGCAAGGAGGCGUCGGACAAGAACGACAAAUACAAGAAGUGCAAGCUGAUGUUGGUGGAGGAGAAGGAGAAGAGCUUCAUGUAUGCGGAUGAGCUGGCCAAGUUGGAGUUGAAAUUCAAGGAGCAGCUGAAAACCAAUGAAGGGCUGAAGCUGCAGCUGGCGUCAGAGGAGGAUCGAUACAAGGCCCAGGUAGCCGAGAAGGGGCGGGAGCUGAAGGAGCUGAAGGACCUACUCAAGCAGGUUGUGGAGGAGAAGGAGCGGCUGGAGGGGGAGCUGGAGAAGAGCAGCAAGGCGGAAGAGAAGGAAGGAGACAGCGUUCAGUCCAACGCGUCCUUCUUCCUGCAGUACCCAGUUCCAUACACCCAGGACACACCCACCCCCCUGCUGGUCUGCCAGAGUCCCAGCAAGCUGCAGUUCGGCAACCCGUACUCAGGUGGCGAGUCGAGAGCUGAGGACGACGAGGACGAGGACGGGAUCUCGGACGAGCAGCUGCUGAGACUCCCUCCGGUCUCCCUCCUCCCCCACUCCUGGGACAGCAAUGUCGUGUGCAUUCAACCCACGCGCAACCACAACCUCCCGGAAGGCCACGAGGAGUCUGAGGAGAAGCCCAACAAUAACAACAACAAUGUGAGCGCCACUGAUCCACCCGCCGCCACGGAAACCCGGAGCCCGACCGUGAACGACGGACAAACCCCCUUCUGCUUUGAUGCCAGCAUGGACAUGAAGCGCUGCCCGCUGUGCGAGGUCAUCUUCCCGCCCAACUACGACCAGAGCAAGUUCGAGGAGCACGUGGAGAGCCACUGGAAGAUCUGCCCCAUGUGCAGCGAGCAGUUCCCACUGGACUGCGACCAGAAGGUCUUCGAGAACCACGUCCUCACGCACUUCGAGGGCCACCCGCUCGACUUCGACUAGCUGGGUACUUCCUGUUGUAGCGCUGCACUCUUCUCUGCAUGCGAAGAACCGACAAGCCGCUUCGUGACCAUUCAGAACUCUGACGUCAAUUUGAAAGACCCGGCCGGGUCCACUUUUAAUGGGUUUGGAUUUUCUAAAGUGAUUGUGGGCGAUACGUUGAUUAGAAGGAGGCGGGCACGUGGGGCGUUAACAUAAAUCAGGGAAAGGGAUUUUGAUGUUUACUGAAGACAUUCUUGCCGUGAUUCACAUCCACGUUGGAGACAUGGAAACCGCCGCCGCCACUACGCCUCUGUACACUACAAAAAUCUUCAGAUCAUCUAUUUUAGAAUAAGUUAAGAUAUAUUCCAGUGGAAGCUUUGAUACUUGGUGUGUGCCGUUUGUUUGGGUCCUUUGUAGGUUGCGUCACGACCCUCAUGUCCGCCCAGCUUCUGUUUGACAUUUUACUCAUCUCUUUUUAUGUCUUUUACUAAGUUAUAUCCGAGUCUUGUGUAUCCAGAGGCUCAAUAAAUAAAACUGUUCGAAUCCA